AUGUUUAAAGGCGGUCAGAGCACGUCAAAUGAUUAUGGCUCUUUUCAGGUCGAAAAUUUUGGCACUCUUAAAUACCCAUUCACACUCAACUUCUACGAUGAGCCACCCACGUUUGAUGUUACCAUUGAAGACUUUGAAACGUCAGCUUUGGACCGCCUUCGCAUACUUGCAGAAAUCGAAUCAUCCGCCGCCCGCAAUAGGUCCUGGGAGGAAACCAAACAAGUGACAUCCGCUCAAUGUUCAAAAUAUCUUCCUCUGAGUCCUACCAUGACCAAAAGCCUCGAACGAGACGCUCAGAGACGAAGAGAUCACCUUAGCCAUUUCGUGCUGCGAUUAGCUUUCUGCCGUUCGGAGGAUCUGAGGCGUAGGUUUGUCAAAGCAGAGACAACAUUGUUCAAAAUUCGCUACGACGAGGAUAUAGCGACUGAGCGGGAGGCUUUUCUCAAUUCACGAGAUUUUAACUGGAUACCGGUCGAUCCUAACGAAGCACUAUCUGUAGACAAGGAUUACCGCAAAUCAGAAAAAUACUAUAAGGUAAAAUGGACACGGGUUCCAGAUCUCGUGGAAAAACGCAAAGUCGUCCUGAAAGGUGGCUGGGCAUACGUUCCCAGUCGUGAGCUAUCCAGUAUCGUGUUUCAGGAGUUUGAAGUCCGUUUAGAAAAGGCAUUGGAGACGACAGCUCGUCUACUGCCUCGUUUAGACGAAGACACGCGGAUUGUACCUAUUCUUGACAACCUUUCUCAAGGCUUUUUAUCGGGCAUCUCCUCAGAUUGGGCUAAUAACUCUGGCCAAACAAAUUCCGAUGAACUUAAAGCUGAGCAAAUUGAUGAUUUAGCGAAGAAACAUUUCCCACUGUGUAUGAGAACUUUACAUAGCACCUUGCAAAGGGAUCAUCACUUGAAGUAUGCUGGACGUCAACAGUACGGAUUGUUCUUGAAGGUCUUGGGUUUGUCGAUUGAGGAGUCCGUGGCAUUUUGGCGGAAAUCCUUCAGCGGAUUUACAGAUGACCAAUUCAACAAAAAGUACAAGUAUAACAUUCGCCAUCACUACGGUUUAGAGGGUAAAAGGGUAAAUUAUCCCGCACGAAGUUGCAUGCAACUGCUCAUGGAUUCCGGGGCUUCGGAUCAUGGUUGCCCAUACCGAACAUAUUCCCCCGAAAAUUUACAAACAGCACUCCUAUCGGCAUAUUCGCCGCUUGGGCUUCGGCAGUCAGAUCUGGGAGAAGUAAUGGCUGCCGUCAACACCAAGCACUUCCAUGUGGCAUGCACUCGUGUGUACGAAAUAACGCAUGCUUCAAAUGGUGUGAGCAAGGGCCAAGGUCUGGGUAAUGGAGAGAGCGUAACUCAUCCCAACGAAUACGCGGCGAAGAGUAUGGAAUUGCUGAAGUCAAGUGAAGCUAUGGUUGUUGAUUCGUGA